AUGACCGGCCAAAAGGAUAUCAAGGUUGAAUCUGGCCAGAUCGACUUAGACGUCGAUAAUGGUAUUACUCAGGAGCAAAUCGAUCCAGCCGUUGCGAGAACUUUAAAACGCAAGGCUGAUGUUAUUCUUCUUCCUGUAUUGGCCAUCGCUUAUUUGCUGAACUCUCUUGAUCGCAGCAAUGUUGCGAAUGCGAAUACUGCUGGUCUAGAAGUUGACCAGAAUCUUGUUGGAAACCAGUUUAAUCAAGUUCUCACAUAUUACCAAGUUCCAUUUAUUGUCUUCGGCCCAUUACUCACGGUCGUCACUAAGCUGAUUGGAGCCAAGUAUUCAAUCUCCGGUAUGCUUUUUUGUUUCGGUAUUGUAUCACUCGCAACCGGUUGGGCUCGGACGUUCGGGCAUCUAGUUGCCUGCCGCGUUAUUGUGGGAAUAUUUGAAUCUGGCUUCCUCGCUUCUGUAUUUUACUACUUGUCUGUAUGGUACACUCGAUCGGAGCUCGCAACUCGAAUUGGCAUAUUCUAUGGCGCAUUGGUCGCGUCAUCUGCCUUUGGGGGUCUCCUCUCAUAUGGCAUGUUCCAGGUGACCGCACAAAGCGGCUAUUCCCGGGGCUUGACUAUCUGUUGGUGCCUGGUUGCGUUCUUUUUUCUUCUAUCAGACGUGCAUUCCGCUUGGUUCUUGACUGCAUCCGAGAAAGCAACAGCGAUAGAACAAUUGAAAAGAGACUCGGUUAAGUCGCUCGAUUCAAGUUAUACCCUUUCUGAAUUUUUCACAGAGUUCAAGGCGCCGUAUAUUUAUGUCCGACUGAUAUCUACUUUUAUUCAAGGUGUGACAUUAACCUCUAACCCGAACUUCUUGGCAAUGAUCAUCAAGGGUCUACAUUUUAGUACGAUUAAGACCAACCUGUUGACUAUUGCUCCCGCUCUGGUUGGAGCAAUUACGCUGAUUUGCUUUUGUCGCUCUUCCGACCACUUUUAUGAACGCGGGUAUCAUAUUGGUAGCUCUUUGGUCCUAAGUUUUGUCGGCUAUAUUAUUCUGUAUUGUGGGGAAAAUAAGGGGUGGGGAGUGCUAUAUUUCGCCAUGUUUCUCUGCACCAUGGGAAACCGAAACACAGGCAUACCCCAGCACACCCCUUGGAGCAACCUGGACCAUCGCGAAUAUUCCAACUUGAAUGCCCGUGCUCCCAUUGGGGUUUACAACUCAGUCGGUAACUGCGCUGGACUCUUGUCAAGUAACAUCUAUAUAUCCUCGGAGGCACCUCGGUAUAUUACAAGCUUACGGGUCAAUCUUGCAAUGGCCGCUUUAGGUUCUUUCGAGAAUCGUCGUCGCGAUAAAAAGUUUGGCCGAUCGGAUAACUUGACUGUUGGUAUCACAGACACCUCGGACCCUAACUUCCGAUUCCAGUAUUAA